AUGUCGUCUCCAACACAAACUAUUCAAGACCCUUUCAAAGCUUGGAAAUUCUUGGUUUUUCCGACACUAAAAGUUAGUGAUGUAUUUUCUUUAUUUCUAAAAGCAACUGUAGCUAUUUGCACAGUCGUUUCGAUCUCCCUCGUCUUCUACUCCUUCCUUAAUCAAUCUCAAUUGCGAACUUGCCCAGAAUGCAAUAAGAUUUUAAUCUCUGAUCACCGGAAGAUAACAAACGGUAACGUUUCUAGUGAUAGCUAUGAGAAGACAAAUAUUUCUCACAUUUUAUUUGGAAUUGGUGGUUCUGCAAAGACGUGGAAUAAACGCAGGCACUACUCUGAGCUAUGGUGGAGGCCUAACAUCACCCGAGGCCAUGUUUGGCUGGACCAGAAGCCUCCGGAGAACGAAACGUGGCCAGAAACCUCACCAUCAUACAAAGUCUCUGCUGAAACGACACGGUUCAAGUACACCUGCUCGUAUGGCUCUCGCUCGGCGCUACGAAUUGCGCGGAUAGUGAAGGAGAGCUUUGAAUUGGGACUGGAAAAUGUGAGAUGGUUCGUGAUGGGAGAUGAUGAUACAGUAUUUUUUAUAGAGAAUUUGGUAAUGGUAUUAGCAAAAUAUGAUCAUAAUCAGAUGUAUUACAUUGGCGGUAAUUCCGAGAGUGUUGAGCAAGACGUGAUACACUCAUAUACUAUGGCAUACGGUGGUGGUGGGUUUGCUAUAAGUUAUCCUCUGGCAAAAGAGCUCGUUAGGGUUUUGGACGGCUGUAUUGAUCGAUAUGCAUCCUUUUACGGUUCCGAUCAGAAAGUUCAGGGUUGCUUAAGUGAGAUCGGAGUUCCUCUUACUAAAGAGCUCGGAUUCCAUCAGAUUGAUAUAAGAGGAGAUCCAUAUGGUUUACUGGCAGCGCACCCAUUGGCACCAUUGGUGUCCUUCCACCAUCUAGACUACGUUCAGUCGAUAUUUCCAAGGCUGAGCCGUAUCGACUCAGUCAAGAAGUUAAUCACUGCAUAUACAAUGGAUCCGGGUCGGACUUUGCAACAUAGUUUCUGCUACGAUUUUGCGCGUAACUGGUCUGUUUCAGCUUCUUGGGGUUACACCAUACAGAUAUACCCUGAUUUGGUGACGGCAAAGAAGCUGGAAACAGCGUUUAGAACGUUUCAAACGUGGAGGACCUGGAAAAAUGGACCCUUCACUUUUAAUACCCGACCCAUGAUUCAACACCCGUGUCUAAGACCGGUUGUUUAUUUCUUGGAUCGGGUUGAAAGAGUUGGGGAGGGAACAUUGACCACGUAUAAAAGGUCCGUGGAAGAGUUAGAUAAAGUUUGCGACCUACCUGAGUAUGCUCCCGUUUAUGCCGUCCAGUUAGUCAAUGUCACAACUUCUACAUCAUUGAAACCUGACAUUUGGAAUAUGGCACCACGUAGACAGUGCUGCGACAUUAUCAAUGGAGAAGACGGAGAGAACGGCGUAGUACAGGUCAACAUUAGAGGGUGCAAUCAAUUUGAGAGCGUGACUCCUCCAUAG